GUCAAAUGCGUUCUACGAAUCUGUCAUGUGUGUGGACGAACACUUCGAUCUUUUCUCUUUCUUUUCGUUAAUGCGAUCAUUUAAAGCAUUGCACUCCCACAAGGGAACGCUUUACCAGUAAUCUACGGCGGUGCGCUAAACAGUCACCUGCCGAAAACGCCAACACUCUACGAGGCUGUUCAACAAGUGUGAGGUUCCUUCAAACGGACACGAAUUGACCUUCGAGCAUGGGCCGACAGUGCCUGCGGAAACUCGUUUGCCUCACGCUAAUUUAUUUUAGCGUGUUGUCUCUAGGGAUGCCGAAACUAUUGCCGAAAGACGAAAAGGUGGACCGCGAAGUAUGUCCUACCACUGAGUGUAAAGAAAGAGCUGAAUUUCUCCUGGGUAUUCUGGAUAACAACACCGAGCCAUGUGAUGACUUCUACGAGUACGUUUGUAAGAAGUGGAGAGACACGCAUCCAAUUCCUGACGACAAGAGUGCAUACGGAGUGUUUACCAAGCUUGCAGGGGAUCUCAAGGAAGAACUCAAGGAUAUAUUUGACAACGCGACGUUGUCUUUCCAGCCCCCGCAACAUCCAAACAUAACGCACAAGAUACUGAAUGUGUACCAGUCGUGCAUGAAUGAAAAUAUAUCGGAAGCUAAAGGCAUGGAGGCUUUACGAGAAAUAAUGAGUCAAGUGGGCGUCGCGAUGUGGCCCGUGACCCCUACAAAUGUCAACAUCCCUGACUGGAACAAGACGUUAGCUAACCUCGUGGUAAAACUUGGUCUAUCGCCAAUACUCAAUAUGUUCGUAUCACAGGACGUGAGAGAUGUUACCAAGUAUGUGCUGGAGAUGGAUCAGCACAGUUUCGGCAUUAUUGGUCGAAACCAGUUUCUGAACCAGUCUGACGAGCACAACUGUAAAAUAAUCCGUGCUUACAAGCAGUACGUCAUGGAAAUCGUAAAUCUUACGAACUACGGGACGAUGAAGGAGGAGGAUCUUCGAGCUCUUGCGGACGAAAUUGUUGACUUCGAAGUUCAGAUUGCAAACAGAACCCGAUCGCAAGAAGAAAGGCGUAAUUAUGAUGCAAUGUACAAAAAAGUAACUCUGCGUGAAAUGCAGAAGGAGCUUCCGAAGUUUCCAUGGUUGGAGUUCUUCACGGAUGUUUUCAAGAAUGUCAACAAAACUAUUGACGACAAUGAACCGGUUGUUGUGUGGGAAAUGGGGUACUACAAAUCAGUAUUGGACUUCCUUGACACUGUGAACAGGAGCACCAUACACAACUACUUUGGCUUUGAAGUAGUUUCGAGUUUAGCCCAAUGUACAAGUGAUAGCCUCCGUAAAAUUCAGUUUGAGCUGGACAAAGCAGUUACAGGAGUCAAAAAGGUCAGAGAAAGAUGGGAUCGCUGCAUCACAGAUCUUCAGGCAUACGCUGAGCAUGCAUUGGGGCGUAUCUACGUAGACACAAUGUUCAAACCUGAAGCAAAGAAAGAGAUGGAGACAUUUGUGAAGGAGUUAAAGAGAGCAUUCCACGGGCUUAUAAAAAAUAAAACAUGGAUGGACGAAAGCACAAAAAAUGAGGCUUUGAAGAAGGUGGAGACAAUGCAACAGAAGAUAGGAUACGCGGAUUGGCUCAUGAAUAACAGCUACCUGGAAGAAAAGUACAAAAACGUAGACCUGUUCGAGCCGGAUACACCGUACGUGACAGUGAUCGCUAACCUAUGGAAAAAUCUCGCUCUCGUAGAACUGGGACAUCUACACACUUACUACAACAAGACAGCUGAGUGGCGCACUGGCCCAGCCGUUGUAAAUGCCUUUUACGACCCUGGAAGUAACGAUAUUACGUUCCCGGCUGCGGUUCUUCAACCACCAUUCUACAAGUACGGUUUACCGCUGUCACUGAACAUCGGAGCAAUUGGGAUGGCUAUUGGCCACGAAGUCACCCACGCUUUUGAUGAUACCGGUAGUCAAUUCAACGCUGAAGGAGAAUUACACAACUGGUGGACCAAUGAAACGAGAAGGGCAUAUACGAACCUCACAGAGUGCUUCAUAAACCAAUACGGAAGUAUCAAUGACAGUGAAACAUCUCUCCUGCUUAACGGCGUUAACACACAAGGCGAAAACGUUGCAGAUAACGGAGGACUAAUUGGAGCAUACCUCACGUACAAAGCUCUCGCCAAAAAUGACACAGAACAUCCAGAUUUAGCUCUUCCUGGUCUCGAGCAUAUCAGUAGUGACCAAAUGCUUUUCAUCUCAAACGCCGUAGUGUGGUGCACCAACAUGCGUCAGCCAGCACUGCGACGUCUGAUAGAGUACGACCCACACGCCCCUCCGAAAUACAGGAUUAUCGUACCUAUGAGCAACAUGCCCGAAUUUGCAGAAGCAUUCGCAUGCCAAGAAGGCAAGCAAAUGAAUCCACAAAAGAAAUGUAGAGUGUGGUGAAAUAAACGUUGUUGCUGCGUGCAACACCCUGGUAA